AUGAAUGAACCUACGUUGAACUUCCAUGUUCAGACCAAUAUCAGUCAAUUCAAAAUCCCCAAUGAAUUGAUUAAGAAGAACUUUAAGACGAUCCAAAAAUUGAUAGAAAAGGAAAAGAAACAGUUAACUGAUGAUGUAUCUAAGAUUAGAAAGAAUCCCAAAUUGUCAAAGGAGAUGAAAUUAGGGAUGAUUCAAAAGAUCAUUCGUAAUUUCGAAGGAUUCCAAAAGAAAUUGAAAGUGGCUAUAGAAAGAGAUCAAGAAUUACAAUCAAGAAUCAUAGCUAGAAUUGAUCAUUUAUCAUUAUUGAAUGAUUAUUGCUUAGCUCAAGACCAGACUCCAAUUACUAAAAGUAAAGGAGGAAAAGAUGGCGAAGAAGAUGGCGACGAUGAAGAUGAUCACCAUGAUCAUGAUGAUGAGAAGGAAGAAUCUACUGCAGCACCUCCAAAGGACGACAAUGAUAAAUACCUCAACCUCCGUGAUCCAAAUUUAAUAAAUUGGUAUCGUGAUCAAACCAAUCUUUUAAUCAUUGAUUAUUUGAUCAAGUCCAACACUGGUACAGGAGAAAAUAUCGGAUUAGUGUUGUUGAACAGUUUAUCCGAAUCCAAUCCUAAGUAUAAAAAGUUAAUUGAUUAUGAUUUAUUUGAAAAUUUUAAUAAGGUUUAUGUAUCAAUUAUGGAACAUCAUGAUUUAUCAUUAAUUAUCGAAUGGUUUAGCGAGAACAAGAAUUUAUUAAAAAAGUUGAAUUCGAAUUUAGAAUUUGAGAUUAAUUAUUGUAAAUUCCUAUCAUUGAUUGAAAAGGGUGAUGUUAAUGAAGCUAUUAAAUUCUCCAAUAUUUAUCUUUCUCCAUAUGGUAAUAAGGAUAACUACCAACAAAAUGAUCUAAUAAAUCACACAAAUAACUUCUCAAGGAUGAAACAAAUUGGAGGAUUAUUAGUUUACUUAUCAUUGAAUACAAAGAAUAACAGCAACAACACACCAGCUGCAAGUAUAUUUGCCAAUACUGCCAAUAGACUUAUGUCAUCAAGUAAUAUGUUAAUCAAUUCACCAAGAUUCCAUGAAUAUGAAAAGCUCUUAUCUGAUGAAAGAUGGGAAAGUUUGUCAAAAUGUUUUAUUGAAAACUUCACCAAGCUUUAUGGAAUUUCUAAAAAUUAUCCAAUUUUCGUUUAUUUAUCAGCUGGGUUAUCAAGUUUAAAGACAAAAUCUUGUUAUCAUAAUACUGAAAAUACCAUAUUUAGAAAUGUACCUGCAACCAAUGAAACAGAGUCCACCAAGGAGACGGCGAAUGAUGAAAAUGUUUACAAGAAAGAUCUUGCAGUAUUGACUAACAAGAAAUAUAGAGGUCCAAAUCAAUAUUAUAAAUUAUUAAACAAGAUUAAUAAUUGUCCUGUGUGUUCGCCAGAAUUAUUCAAAUUAAGUAGAAACUUACCAUAUGCUGAAUUAAUCACGAAUAUCUUUGAUAAUCCAUUCAAAUUACCUAAUGGGAACAUUUAUCCAUUUGAUAAGUUAUUGAAUCCUUCAGAAAAAUUCUUAUCAGAAAAGAAUACCCUCCUUAGAAUGAAUAAGAUCAAAGAUCCAUUAACUAGAGAAAUCUUCUUAAUUGAUAAUUGUGUGAGAGUUUAUCCAGCAUAA